AUGCAGUCACUGGCGCACAUGUGCCCUGUUACCCCCCCUUGGACCGGGGGGGUUUAUCCCAGUCCACUCAUGGAAAGUCUUCCUGUUAUGCCUGGUGACUGGGGUGCAGACAAGCAGGCAGAGAUACCAUGCAGUAAGCUCUCCAAUAUGGCGGACAUCACAUGCAAAGCCAGUAACAGCGAGAUUCAGCCCGAUAUUUUGACCCGGCUGGACAAAAUAUUCAUAGACUUCUGGAAAAAGCUGGAGCACAAGUUAGAGCAGGGACAGCAUCAACUGGCCCUGAAGUAG